CAGAAGUUGAAAUAGUACCAGAGAGCAAGAACCAGUCUUUCUCUCCAGCGACAGGCUCCGUCUCCCUGCUGCGAGGGAAAACUCCGAGAGUGAGCUCAGGCGACACAGCCAACAUCCCGCCAGAGCCCUGCGAUCCCUGCGGAGUUCCAGCCUCCCAGCACAUAGCGCAGCAGCUCAGAGCCUGGUGCAUCUUGCGGUGCUAACCCUGCUACCCAGGCGCUGGUGCCACAGCCACAUGAAGCCUGCUGGGGAGGUGGAGACAGGGUGCAGCAAGCCGGUUGGGACUGAGGCUGCCGCCGUCUCAGGGAGGCGCUGACUCCCAAGGGGGACCCCUUUCUCGUGCACGGGCGAAAAGUCUUCUCCAGGGGUCCCCUGUCAUCCUGAACAUACAGGAUGGUGUUUCUGAAGUUCCUCUGGAUGGGUUUCUUCUGCCACCUCUGUCAGGGCUACUUCGAUGGCCCUCUCUACCCGGAGAUGUCCAAUGGGACGCUGCACCACUACUUUGUGCCCGAUGGGGACUACGAGGAGAACGAUGACCCGGAGAAGUGCCAGCUGCUCUUCAGGGUGAGUGACCACCGGCGUUGCUCCCAGGGGGAGGGGAGCCAGGCCAGCCGUCUGCUGAGCCUCACCCUGCGGGAACAAUUCACCGUGCUGGGCCGCCAGGUGGAGGACGCUGGGCGGGUCCUGGAGGGCAUCAGUAAGAGCAUCUCCUAUGACUUGGACGGGGAAGAGAGCUACGGAAAGUACCUGCGCCGGGAGUCCCACCAGAUCGGGGAUGCCUACUCCAAUUCCGACAAGUCCCUCACUGAGCUGGAAAGCAAGUUCAAGCAGGGCCAGGAACAGGACAGCCGGCAGGAGAGCAGACUCAAUGAGGACUUCUUGGGGAUGCUGGUCCACACCAAGUCCUUGCUGAAGGAAACGCUCGCCAUCUCUGUGGGGCUCAGGGACAGAUACGAGCUGCUGGCCCUCACCAUCAGGAGCCACGGGACCCGACUAGGUCGUCUGAAAAACGAUUAUCUUAAAGUAUAGGUGACUGGGCACCCUGCCUGCAGAGGGUACCAGAUCUACCCUGCUGUGGAGGCUGGGGAACAGAAGACAGGGCUGACAUUUCCCUUAUACUUACAAUUUUUUCAUCCAGAUUUGCACUUGGAGAAUAAUCUGAAGUCCUCUUUGAAAGAAGUGGGAGUUGAGUGGUUUUGUUUUACCUUAUUUAUGUGCCUGCCAUUGAUUUGCCACCUGAAAAGUUUUAAGCCAUGCCUCCCACCUUUCCUACAGGCUUGAUAACUGCAGAGACACCUGUUUCAGCCACACCUAAAAGGGCACAAAUUAUGCAGUGUUUAGCUGUCCCGUCCUGGAGAUUUUGUGGAAAUACUCAGAAAGCUGUGUGCAUACAUAGCUCCUUUCUGCUUUCAGCCGUGUCUCAGGGGCUCUGAAAGCUGUCAAGGUCACCUGUGUCUCGGAUGGGGACUGAGGUGUGCUCUGCGUCUGCAUCUGCGUGCUUGCCUGCAGAUGGAAGUUGCUUGUUUCUUCCUCACCUUUUCUCUCUUAUUUAUUACCAUGAUCUCUAAGGUUUUGUUUUUAGGAAUUUUUUUUUGGUAAGAGUAUUGGCCAGCAACUAUAUGCGAAUCUUCCUUUGCAGGAAGAUGUCUGAAGUGCUUCAGUGGUUGCGUGGCAAUUAAAGCGACCACAUUGAAGUCUCAACUUUGUGGUGGUUAUGCACACGUGUUCAUAUGUUGAUUUGCUAUGUCUCGCAUCGGAUGUCUGUGUCAUCAGUGCUACAUAUGGUCCACUAGGAAGAAGUAGGUUGAUUGUUCCAAAGUGCCCCCAAAGGCCUAUGAUUUAGUUUACCAAUGUAUUCUUUCUCAUUUGGGGGAGUUGCUUCCGUUUGUUUAUGGAAACUUGUACUUCAGGUAGGGGGAAUUUUAAUAACUCCUUAUCCAAGUUUUAUUAUUCAGACAAUAAAUAUGUUCUCAUGUAAUGCUGGCUUAUUUUCUAAUUUCUAUCUGUAACUUUUUAAUAUGGCAAAGAGGGGCCAAUACAACAGGAAAGAGAAGGAUGGGGUUUAAGCCAGUUUACUUAGAGUGUAUAUUAAAGGCAGAAGGACAGCUACGUGUUUGGCAAUCCUCCAUUCCCAGGCCAUCCUUACAAUCUUCAAAAGAAACAGAAAUCUAGGCCAGGCCAGAACUUGAUCUCUGCUGGUCUGCCUAAAAACUCCAAUUUUCUCCAGUUUUCCAUAGAAUCAACUGGAAAAUUUUAUGACAGGACUUCUAACUUAUGUGCCCUCAUAAUGUACAGGAAGGAGGAUCCCAUUCACUGUUAUAGGAGCUACGAUGAUGUUUAGUAAUUUUGAAACCAGGUCUAUGUUAUUUAAUUGAUGCUUUAAAAAGGUGAAAAUGCACUUUAUUUUCAUGUCUUUCCCUGGUCAAUUCUCAUCCUCACUUAAAAUUGCUUUCUUUUUACACACACACACACACAGAAGAAAAUAAAUAAAUGUUCAUAAUCUACUCUUCAACGAUGAGCCAUUUUUUCUCUUCCAUGCACAAGAAUCCAGUUUUGAUUUCCUGUGAAGUGUCCAAUAUUUUCCUGUUACAGUAGGGGAAACUGAGUCCCAGAAAAGGACUAAUCCUCAGCUAGGUGCAACAGUUCAGGUGUCUUAGAUUUAAGUAUAGAACUUGCCCACACUGCUCUUUUCAAGAUACUAAGAGACGAGAGGAGCGGCCUGAGACCUGAGCCUUUGCAUAACUAUGUUGUUGUUUAAAAUAAAAAACAUACGGAAUAAUACUUAAACUAAUCAUUUAUAAUUUCAUCACCCAGAGCCUGCUUUUAGCUGCCUCUAGAUUGCUGUGUGGUAAGAAGGUAAAUCAUCAUUUGAAAGUAUUUCCUUCUUUAUUACAGGAAAGAUUAGGAUAAAAUAACAGCAUAAGCAAAGGACAUGAUAUUUGGUACGUAAAUGAUUAUAGUUUGUAGUCACAACCCUCGUGUCCCAAAGUUUUCAUAUCUCUCACUCUACAGCACUCAAAUCUAACCCUUGGAGGUAUUAAAUGUCAUCUCCUAGAUUUUUCCAGCUGUAACAGAAAGAUAUGAAUGUGUGGUAUGGACGGAAAACUGUUUCCUCAAGCAUACUAAUUUGAACCAAUUGCUAGUGGUUACAUACAGUACUAAUUUAAAAGACACAGAUGUAAAGACUGCCGUCGCCAAUUAGAGAUGUCUUCCAUGAUUUCAGGGUGGGGAGGGGUGACACUUCUGGUCCAAAUUUGAAAAUUCUGGCAUAGAUCAUGGACAAGGUUCUUGCCAGUGCUAACAGUCAGUGCCUCCUACAAAACCAGAAUGAAAUGAUCUGACAUUGAAUCAUCCUUUCAUGGCAGAUGAACAGCCAGUAAUCCCAGAGUCUUCUAUGAAUGGCUCCAGAGGGCUAGGGGGGAUUUCCAGGUGGGGAGAGAGAGCCCUCCUGGACUGCGAACUCAGACUCAGAGGCGAGCACCGCAAGGCCUUUCCAAAUCCUCCCGGGUGGGGAGCCAGCGCCACUGGGGUCUGUCCUCCCGGCUUCCCAGCUGUUCUUGUUAGGACUUCAUCACUCACACGGUGACAAAUUCUUUUUCGAAGUAGUGGUUCUUUAGUUCUUAGAUCAUGCAAUAUUCUGAGAAUCUGAUGAACACUACAUACUUUCUUUCCUGAGAAAUCUACUUACAAAAGUAUCCAUAUGACUUAGAAUAUUUGUUAUUUUUAUAAAUAUUUGUCAAUCACUUAAUAUGCUUCAGGCCCUGGGUUAGGUUACGGGUAUUUCUGGGAUAUGACAAGGCCUUGGAACUUCAUCUAGCCAAAAAUUUUUUAAGCCUCUUAGAUUCUUAGUUGAAAAAAGAUGCAUUCAUUAUUAUUAUUUGUAAUAACAAUGAAAUAGCUAACUUCUUUGAAAACUCAUAUUAUUGGUCCGGUCCACUGCUAAGAACUUUGCCAGUUAUUUCCCUUAGUCCCAACAAUAAACCGUAUGAGGGAAGCAUUUUAUAAAAGGAGUUAGUACAUGCUAAAUGCUUAGCAUAGCACCUGAUGCAGAGUAAAUCCUCUAUAAAUAGUACUUGUUGUUACUGUUAUUAUUGUUAUCAUUUUAUUUAUAAUUUAGGCCCAGAAACCCUAGGUAAUUUUCCCAAGGUUAAAACUGUGUGUUGUCUUAUAUACUUCGCUAUGUUGUCACAUUUCAAAGUAAUCAUUGUCUAUUGGGAUAUAUAAUCAAACAAAAGAAGAAUGUGAAGUGUCGUGGUCCAGUGAGGCUGACAGCUGUCUCUCCAAAUGCUGUCCCCUGUGGGCCAGUCAGCCCACCUCCUGCAGCAGUUUAGAUGUCUGACUACUGUCAGUCAGACACUGAGUGGCUCCUCUGUUUACAAAUUCCUCAUUGAUGCUUUCCCUGUAUGAUUCAGUUUAACACCGCUAAUCCUUAUGCUCCCAAUCUGACCAUGUGAAGACUUCCAUAUGUCUACUUUGAAGAAUGUCUCCUUUGAAGAUAGGUAUCUGUCUAUCUCCAGUCCCCAUAAAGAACACCAGGCCACAUUAGCCCCUGCAACAACCAAAGCCACGCUCAUGGAAGCCGGCAGAAGCAGGUGUGUCACAGAUGGCACCAUCCCAGGGUUUGCAUAAGUUUCACUGCCUUUUAAAUUCUCGUUUGUAACUCUGCUAAAGAAACAGGCUCAAAACUUUCUGAGACAAGCCUGAAACUUAGAUUAUAAACUAUUUUAACAAGUAAUAAAAAUGUCCAUGAAAACCCCUUCAACAUAUGAAAUCAACCUAAAGGGUAAUAUGGUCAAAUUUCCUUAGGGUACUUUACAGAGGAUGAUUAUUAAAAUCUUCUUGAUAAAGAAUACUUGGAUAAGAAACAUAAAUGUGAAAUGUGGUUUAUAAAUGUUCUAAUGUAAAAGAAAAACAACAUAAGUCUUAGAAUGAAAUACAGAAAUGUGAAACAAUAAUUCACUAGUACAGACAAUGAGAUUCUGUGAAUCAUCUCAAUAAUUUUGGAAUUGGGAUAGUCCUCAAAAAUACUUUUUCUUCAGUCAGAAUCCCAAUGGCUCUGUCAUUCAUCAAACAUUUUUACAGUGCCACGACACGAGGUGCCUGGGAUAGAAAUAGUAUAUGAGCAUGUGAGGAAAUGAUGCCGAAACACAGAAUUAGUGUGUCAGCAUGGGAAACCAGCACAUGGGCAGAUUCUACGGGAGCUUAGCAAGAGUCUAAACCAGAACUGUUUGGAAAAUGUGAACCAUUGUAAAUGAUGUAAGGAUUGAUAUAAUCGUACUUUUUAGAGACAUAGCAGUGUCAUUACUGGAGUUGUAGUUUUGUUUUUUAAAUAACUUUUUUAUGGUUAUAUAGUUCAUUCCUAAUGAAUCCUAAUAACAUGGUAAACAGCAUAACACCAAGAAGAUAAAAUUGUUCAUAUGCUCAAACUCCCCUGCCGUGCAGAAACUAUUUGCACUCUAGUGUUCACUCUUUCAGCACUUUUCACCCAUAUCUUUGUACAUAUUUUUUCUUUACACAAACUGUUACAAUAAUACCUUGUUUUAGAGCUGAUGUCUAUUUUACAUGUUAAAUAUGCUUAAUUGCUUAAGUCUUUUUUAAAUACUUAAAUCUAUCCACAGCACUUCAAGAGGCAGAAGUUCUGGGUUCUAGAUCUUGCCCCACCAUAUAUUA